AAUGGUACUGACUAUGGGUUCUUGGUGCGUCAGAACUCUGAACUCCUGCGAGCCCUCGAUGAGCUGGAGAAGACUUGUACCACACUGAGGGAGGAGAAUGGCCUGCUGUGGAAGAGCAGUGCCCCAGAGACGGAGGAGAAGGUCAGGCGGCUGAGGAGGAAGAACACCGAGCUGUCUGUGCUCGCUAAGAGGCUGGAAGACAGAGCUCGCAAAUUGCAGGAAGCCAACCUCAGAGUGGUGAACUCCCCGUCGCUUAUGAGACCCGGGUCAGUGGAACAGUACAAGAGGGCGUUCGCCCGUCAGCGGGCCCGGGACCUGGCCCAGCACGCCGACGCUCUGCUGUCUAAAGACAAAGAAAUCGCCUCUCUGCAGGAGGAGUGCAGAGAGCUGGAGUCACGGCUGGGCAGCACCAAGGGCUCCCCUCUUCCAUCUGGCCGAGUGGAAUUCGAGAGGCUUCUCAGGGAGUCUCAGAGGGAGGUACUGCGGCUCCAGAGGCAGCUGUCCGUCACAUCAUCUGGGCAGCAGCACGACCACAGUCCCGACCUUGGCGGCCCGGCGAAGUGUGGGAGGAUCCAGGAAGAAGAGGAGGAGGAAGACAAGAAAGAAGAUGAGGAAGAUAAGGUUGUAGGAGAGACCCCAUGUGUGGUGUUAGAUGAAGCUCCAUCCAGGUGUGAGAAGACUCCCGGAGAGGAGGAGGAGUCGGGGCUGCGAGUAACGCCCCAAACGGGCCUUAGCCCGACCCCCUCCCAUCAGGAGGAGCACACAGAGGAGCAGCACCUACAGUUUCUGGAAAGUGAGCUGAGCAAGAAGAGAAAAGAAUGUGAAAACCUUGAGCAUGAAGUAAAGAAGCGACAGAAGAGAUGUCUGGAUUUGGAGAGCCAGCUUGAGGAUGAGCGAGGCAAAAAUGAGCGACUAAAGGAGGAGGCAGAUCUCCUCAGGAGGAAGGCACUGCUGCUCGACCAGACUCGGGCUGAGAAUGAGGAGCUGAGGGAAGAUCUCUCUGAAGUGACCGCUCAACACAAUUCAGUUCUCGAGGAGAACCAGAGACUCCGUGCCAAACUGGAGAACCUAGAGCAGGUCCUAAAGCAUAUGCGUGAGGUCGCCGAGCGAAGGCAGCAGCUGGAAUUGGAACAUGAUCAGGCACUGGCUAUCCUUAAGUUCAAACAGGAUGAAAUCAAACGGUUACAGCGGGCUCAGUUAUACGCCAAGAGGGAGCAUGAAGGAGUUGUUCAGAUGCUGGAGGAAUUGACGCAGCUUGUGUUGCAGAGGGAGCUGUCCAAGGUACGAGACCUGGAGGAUAAAUGUCGCAGCCAGAGCGAACAGUUCGGCCUGCUGUCCCAUGAGUUGGAGAAGUUUCGACUCCAGGCUUCGAAGGCGGACCUGGCCAGCGCUAGCCUCUUCAACAACGCCAGCCUCUCGGUUCUGACCAACGGGGUGGGCCUGACCUCGGAGCGAGACUGCACUGAUGGCUCAUGGGAUAUGGUGUCUCUGGGCGAGAUAGCCUUCUGGAGUCUCGAGGGAGGUGACACUCUCUCCUGCCCUGAGGAUGUGGCCGCUGCGCUGCGUCUCGGGUCCACCCCCCACGCUGCAGGGCUGUCCAGGGUGGAGCGCUCGCCCGUCACCAAGCAUCGAGAGCUGCCCACCAUCAGCGUCAGCAAGUCUUCCUCCAGCAAGUCAGAGCCCACGCACCUCACCCCCAAGUCUGACACGCACCUCAGCCCUCACAAAUCAAGCCCAACUCACGAGGUGGACACCGCCAGUGAAGUGGAGGAGCUGGAUAUUGACGUCGCCCCGGUUCCUUUCACAACCAGCAGAGCAGCGGCAAAACUUCAGGUCUUCAUUGCAAGAUACAGCUAUAAUCCAUAUGACGGCCCCAAUGACAACCCUGAGGUGGAGCUUCCACUCACUGCCGGAGAAUACAUCUACAUGUAUGGAGACAUGGAUGACGAUGGCUUCUAUGAAGGUGAGCUGAUGGACGGACGGAGAGGGCUGGUCCCCUCUAACUUUGUGGAACGCGUAUCGGACGAUGACAUCAUGAGCACUCACCACCCAGAGACGGGGGACAUGUCCCAUAACUCGCUGCUAGACAGCAGCCUGCACAGUGCCAGCCACCAGCAUCAUCUCCAGAUAGGCAGAACCGCGGCCCCAGCUGCCCCGGCUGCCGUGCCCCCCCCCUCAGCCCCCUCAGAUUCAGCAUUGGCCUUGGCUGUCCCAGCCCCCCUCACCAACGGCCUGGACCUGGACUUGGAGGAAGUGGGAGUGGACGUUGUGCCUUACCCACGUAAGCUUACCCUCAUCAAGCAGCUUGCCAAGAGCAUCAUCAUCGGCUGGGACCCUCCGCUGGUGCCGGCUGGCUGGGGCAAUGUGUGGAGUUACAAUGUGUUUGUGGACCAGGAGCUGCGGCUCAACGUGCCCUUCGGGGCCCAGACCAAAGCAGUGCUGGAGAGGCUGGACAUAAACCUCAAGGCCUACCGCGUGUCAGUGCAGAGCCUGACGGAGAAGGGCCCGUCGGACCAGAUGCGCUGCAGCAUGCUGGUCGGUCGGGACGUGUGUGUGGCGCCCACGCAGCUGCGUGUGGAGAGGAUCACCGCCACCUCUUCCUACCUGUCCUGGCUGCCCAGCAACAGUAACUAUGUGCACAUUGUGUCCUUGAACGAUGAGGAGUGUGAGCUGGUGAAGGCUGGCUGCUGCUCGCUGUGCCUCAAUAACCUCCUGCCCAGCAUGCAGUACAUGGUCAAGGUGGAGGCGCGGCCGCACCGCACGCCAUGGGAGUUACCUGUGGAGCGCCGGGAACACAGGAGCGCCACCAUCACCUUCACCACACUGAUGGCAGGUCCCCCUGAUGCUCCUCUGGAUGUCCAGCUGGAGCACGGCCCCUCCCCCGGCAUCGCCCUCAUCAGCUGGCUGCCUGUCACUAUAGAUGCUACCGGGACCUCCAACGGAGUCAGGGUCACUGGAUACACUAUAUAUGCUGACAAGAAGAAGGUGCUGGAGGUGUCUUCCCCCACAGCGGGCAGUGCGCUGCUGGGCCCGUCUCAGAUGCAGUCUCUGCUAGCAGCUCAGGAGCUCACUGUCCGCACCAUGUCCGUCCACGGGGAGUCCUGCGACUCUCUGCCAGUCAAUGUGCCCACCAAGCUGGCUGCCAUCAUGGCAGGACCGGCCCUCCCCGCCCCAGUUAUGCCACCUCAGCCCUGCACCCCUACAGGAGUCAAUAGCCUGUCCUCACCUCCGUCCUAUGGGAACUCUGCUGCCAAAGUCUCCAUGCUGCCAUCAGACUCAGACACCUCUGGCCUCGCAGGGGAGGCUGCUGCCAACCCUUCUUAUGCUCUCCACUCAGAACCUCUUCACUGGUCUGCUUCAUAUGUGAACGCCUGGGCCAACCCCUCCUCUGCUGCUGCCUUUGCUGCGUGUGAGGCCACAUUACCUGCAGCCUCCAACAUUAUUCCAGUGGUGAACGUGAUCUCCCCGACCUCCUCAGCCCCUAGACCACCUCCAGUAGCAGUAGCUGCCCCAGCCCCAGUGAUGGUAGCAGCAGCAGUGGCAGCAGUGUUGGAGCAGCGCAGAGACCCCGACAGCCCUGGGAUCAUCCGUCCUUUCCCAUCCAUCUCAGACUUCAUCGAGGACCCCAGUGUCAGUGCCAAGCUCGGGACCCCUGAGCGCAUCCCUACCCCGCCCAAAGCCCCAAUCACGGACCUCCUUAACCCUCAGGACAUUAACAUCCACCGACCCCCCAGCUCCUCACCGCUGGAGUCUGAUGCGGAGGAGGAUCAGGAGAACACCCGCAUGGUGUCCAUGGAGGAGUUCCUGAGACACGAUCCAGAGCCGACAUACAGCAGGAACCAGCAGAGUUACAGCAGAGGGCUUGUGGAGCCUCCCAGUGACUACCUCGCAGAAAAAAGCCAUUCAGAUCUGUCGGACAUCCUGGAGGAGGAGGAGGAGGAACUCUACUCGGACCACUUCGGAGACGCACAGGCCAGGGGCUACACUGUCAGGUCCAACAUGUCACGCAAUGUGCGGAAUCCAGACAGUGAGGAGGAGCUACCUGAGAGGAUUCUUAAGUUGCCCCCUGAGGUGCACCACGACCAGCAGUUCAUCGUCCCUGAGGAAGAUAGCAGUCAAGAGGAGCGUUUAGCCCGCCGUGGUCAUCCUCGGCACUGGCCCAGCCCCCACCAUGACCCCCAGCAUUACCCGCAUCACCACAACUUACCCCCUCACCAUCACCACUUCAACAGGGAUCCCAGAACCCUAACCAAAGAGCCUUUACUCCGGCACAGGCCUCGGACGCAGCACAUGGGUUACCCUGAAGAAGAAGACAUGAGUUUAUAUGAGGGUCCCAGCAGCAGGCGGGUCCGCUGUCCCCCCCAGGUUCCCCCCUACAGCAGAGACAGAUCGCUGCUCAAAGGCCUCGGGGACCGCCUCAGGAGGGAGGCCAUGAUCAGGAGUCAGAUGGCCGCCGCCAUGAACCCCGGACUCAUCCCGCCAAGAACUCACCCGGUCAGCCAGGUGAAACAGACUCUGAGGCCGCCCCUAGGUCACGAGGUGGAGAUCGACGUGGAUUACGGCACAGACGAGGAGGUGGGGAUGGAGCAGAUGUGUUCUGAGUGGUGGGUGGAGGGGGCUCCGAUGGAGCACGGCAGACCCGCUCACCGCAGAGGAAUGAAAGCUGACCCGCCGGAGCCCAGUCAGAUCCCUCCAGUUGAGGCGGGUCCAUCGUGGGGGGUACAGGGUGAGCCCCCUUGUAAACCAGCUUCCUCACAGGCCAGACAACUCAGAGGUGGUGUCGAUUCACCAAAAAUCAAAGCAGACGGUGGCGUCCGUAUCUUUGUGGCCCUCUUCCCUUAUGAUCCCGUCGUCAUGUCACCCAAUCCUGACGCUGCUGAGGAAGAGCUGCCCUUCUCUGAAGGACAGAUCAUCAAAGUUUUUGGAGAUAAAGACGCAGACGGGUUCUACCGAGGAGAGUGUGCGGGUCACCUGGGAUACGUGCCAUGUAACAUGGUGUCAGAGAUCCAGGUGGAGGACGAGGAGACCCGGCAGCAGCUCCUGCAGCAGGGCUUCCUGUCCACAGCCGCCUCCAUGGAGAAGAUAGUAGAGUCUGCGGUGCUCUUGGAGGAGAGCUUAGACUCCUCCAGCCAAGAUCCCUGCCAGACUGCAGCUCCACCUGCAGCUCCACCUGCCGCUCCACCUGCCGCUCCACCUGCCGCUCCACCUGCAGCUCCACCUGUGGGGGGCCCGGCCCCAGGAGCUCGCAGGAUGGUCGCCAUCUUUGAUUAUGAUCCACGAGAGAGCUCUCCCAACACUGACAUAGAGGCUGAGCUGACCUUCAGUGCAGGAGACAUCAUAAAUGUGUUCGGUGACAUGGACGAAGAUGGCUUCUUCUAUGGAGACUUGAAUGGACACAGAGGCUUGGUGCCCUCUAACUUCCUGCAGGCCGUACCAGAGGAAGCUCCUGCUCAGCCGGCACCAGACCAUAGGAAAGAACUACAGGACACCUGGACGUCUUCUACAGAGGAACAAGAUCCUGGGGCCUCAACCCUAGAAGAAGCUUUGCCCCCCCCAGCAGAACCUCCUCACCCUGACCCAGCAGAGCACACAGACCUGCCCCCCAAACUGGCCCCCACUUCAAGCCCAGCAUCAGACCCUUCUCCUGCUCCUGCUCCUCUUCCUGCUCCAUCAGUGGAGGCCUGCGGCUCCCCUCCGGCCCCCCUCCCUGCAGACAGCCCAUCAAAGACAGACUGCUCCCCACAAGGCAAGAAGAAAAAAAGCUUUUUCUCCAAAGGCAAGAAGCUGUUCAAAAAGCUGGGAUCCAGCAAGAAAGAAUGAGUCGGCACGUCUGACUCAUUCUUACCACUCGCGUCACAUUGAAAGCACUUUUUCUAUCUGUUAGUCUCAGUAUCUGACAGUUAUUCUACUUUGGCCUUAGAGCACUGCUAGCAGCUGUUAACUUUAGACUACAUUCAAUGUACCGCUUACAGCAUCACACGGGCAUGUCGAUGUGCAUGUCGAAGUGUGCGAAUAUAUCCUCUAAAUACUACCUAACUAUCUAAGCAUUUGCAAAUGUUCAACUCAAUAGGCUUUAACGAUCAAUAUCAAUUACUUAUUAGUCAAUGGACCGGUUUUAUUUAUAAAAAUCUGAUAGAGAACAAGAUAGAACAGCAGACACACAGCUAAUGAAAUAUUAAAGUUCAUUUUCUGGUGCCACUUUAUUUAUUUAAAAACAAACAGACGAAGCAGUCUAUCUUUGCACUAUCCAUCCUGAGUGGAUGAAUUCUAAAUGUCUUUCUGCGUGUCUCUCUCCUUGUUUCUUGUCUUUGAGAGUUUAUACUUUGUACAGAACAUGUUAUUUAUUUGUGUCAGACUCUUGCUUUAACCACAUUGCAGGAAGUGACAUCAGGACAGGAGGUUAGUCAUGAUCCAAGUGUAGUAUUAUAUUCUUUAGUAAUGGGCUUUGAGGCUAGCAGUCAUUGAAGGUAAAGAAUGUGAUGGGUUGCCCUUUGUGUGUGUGUGUGUGUAUGUGUGUGUGUGUGUGUGUGUGUGUGUGUGUGUGUGUGUGUGUGUGUGUGUGUGUGUGUGUGUGUGUAUAAACAGAUGCCUUUUCAGACAUUAACGUAGCAACAGUCAUAACUGGCCUAAUUGUCACAAUCUACGUGCAGUGUGCAGAAAUCAUGUAAUAUCUGUUGAUCGGUAGGCUGCUCUGUUAACUAAGUCAGCUGCAACUGAUGUUUAUCGUCAAACCAUCAUUGAAUAAUGAAAUAACCGUUGGUAUGUACAGCAUCACAGUUUCUUACAGCCAACAGUGUUGUAGCAUGAAAUGACUUGUUUUGUACGACGAACAAAAGCCAAACAAAUUCAGCUAACUGUAAAGUAGGAAAAGGAAAAGCUAAUUCUCAAAACUUAUCCUUAAAUCCAUCAAAUAAUUUGCUUAAUUUUCUCUUGAUCGACUAACCCAGGGGUUUUUAAAGUCUGAUUAUCAAAUAUAUGUAGUGGAGUAACAUACAAUAUGUGCAAUAAAAUGUAGUUGAAUAGAAGUAUAAAGUAGCUUUAGCCCUUAUUUGUUAAUAUUUGUGUUAAUCAACACAAUCCAAACCAUUUGAACACUUCCUGUUUGAAGUGUAGCCAUGAUAUACUGACAGUUAUCAGUGCAUAACUUUAAUACUGAAGAAUACUGAUGACACUCAGGCAAAUUCUAGAGUUUGAAAACCUCUGGACUGAUUGAUCAAUUGAGUAAUUGUUGCAGCUCUUACAGAAGACUAUUAAUGCUAGAAAUAAGAAAAAACUCAAAUUGAGGAGAAACCUAUUUUUUAUUUUGAGGAUGAAAAGAAUGUCUUUAAUUGAAAUACAUUUUGGGAAAUAAACAUUGAACUCUUAGAGAUAAAUCAAAAAUAAUUCUGUAGCGCAUACAUUGAACAUCUGACUUUAUUCUUGACAUAUCAACCGCAUUCUAAAAAACAUUUCCUCCCUUAAAGAUUUUAAAAAGGAGACCAUAACACUUAGGAUCCUAUUUAAAAUGAAAUGUUUUUAUUCAUAACACCUAGGCUUUCUGGCACGGCUCUACUGCGACACACUCAAUCACCUGUUUAUAAUUUUGCCUCCAAGUCUGAGUAUGAUUCACUUUUAGAGUGUGAAUAUUAGGUCAUACAGCGUACAUGGUUUCAUGCAGUGUAGCUGAAAUUCGUUUUUUUGUCUCUAAACAUUGACAUCAUUAAAUGAUAGACUGUUUGGUUGAAGCUAAAGGACACAAAGUUAGCCAUAUUGUGUUGUAUUCCAACACUUAUCAAGACAUUCUGCAUCUUUUAAUGGUUUGUGACACAAUUACUCACACUAAGAUUUAGUUUUGAGUGUGUGUUUGUGGGUGUGUGUGGAGCAGGCCUUAGGGUUGAGUUUGUGAGUCAGUUACAACACACUCUGAUUGGAUCUGUGUGACAUUAGCUGUUAGGCAACUUCUCAGGUUUUUACUUAUAGUUUUCUUACUAAUGCUGAGCCACCUGUUGACUCCAGCUGUCAUAAAACCGCAGAAAAUGCCAAAUCUUAGGUGCUUUGCCUGUUACCGUAGCUUCAAAGGAGCGAGUGACGGCAGCAUGGAGAUAAAGUGGAGUAUGUAGAAUCAGAUUGAAGAUUAGGGCCUAGUUUCACCAUUCAAAGUUGGAGGAAAAUAGUUUUUAUUUACUGUCGUGAAUGUUUUAAAUGUCUUUCUGUGUUAUAUAAAGGGAGCAUGACGAUGCCAAGACACUUAAGAUGUGAAAUAGCCGGGAUAGAGGCAAGACUGAGUCUGUACUGUAUUUAAAUUUGUUUUCUAAGAGUUGCCGAAAUGUACAGCGAAUAUUUGUACUGCUCUUGUAUUUGACGGCCUUUUAAUGCACAAGUAUUCCUCUACCUGCUGUGUAGUGAGUAGGCGCUAGCACCCAUGUAGGAAGAGUUUUAGCUCAGUCGAUCAUAUUUAGCCUUACAAGAAGACCUUGUUUAGUCUUUAAUCGGUUGUUUACAGGAUGUUUAUUGACUGCAUGCAUACCAAUGUCAUACCCAUGUUCGGCCUUAUUUAUGUUACGGUUAUAUUUAUGUUUCCUAGGCGGACUCGUCUACAAUGUUUGAGUUGUAGAUCGUCAAUGCAGUGGAGAAGAAAGUGUGUAUAUAAUGAACAGUUGUUGUGGUAUAUUUUCAUAAUGCGCGGGAAUCUUUUUUUUCGUCUUCCCUCGACUUGCAUCAUUGUUUGAAAAAGUGGAAGAUGUACCUUUUGAUAUAUAUGUAAUGUUUUUAUUACCCAUCUGUAAAUACUUUUGUUAAUAUGGUUUUUCAGAUUUCUUUUUUUGCAUGUCGAUGGAGGAACAGUAACUGAGGAUGUAGUGCACAGAGGACUUGAACAUGUGAUGGUUUGUUUCAAUAUGGAUCUUUUUACAGGAAUAAAGUAUGUAUAUUUUCAC